AUGAAACGGCUCGGCAGCCUCGCCAAGGGUUUGCCGGCUCUCAACCCGUCACUGAGAGCUGGUCCCCGACGCACUAGUCCAUCGUUGCACAAGAAAUUUCAGCACGGUUUCUCUACUUUAUCGAAAAGGACCACCGCUAUUGGUGCAAGCAUACCGGCCACUAUUGUAGCUGGAACUUUAUUUAUCUGGUGGCUCUAUCCGACAGAUGAAUUUGCGAAGCUGUCUCCUCCACAUCCAAGGAGGAGACGACACUAUUACGAUGAUGAAGAGGUGGAUGAACAGGAAGACGAGGACGAAGAUGAGUAUGAUGACCAGCCUGAGACGGCCUGGGACAGCUUCGCGAAGCGCAUCGAAAACAUCGCCAUCGUCACGGAGACAGAAUGGUCUGCCUUCUCCGAAAGAGUUGCGGGAAUGAUUCUCCCAGAUUGGUCAAAACUUGUCCCAGGAUACUUGCGGAAACUUCAGAGGGAGCUCUCCAUGGCCCCAGGUUCUCUUGCUGAUGAGAUCUGGGAGGACGCCCACGAUCCCGCCAUCAAUCCCGAAAUCACAUACACGGCUCAAGUUCGGGUAUCCUCACAAUUAUGUGACGAUGAGAAAGAGUUUCUAGCAAGGCGAAAACGUGUUAUAAAAGUUGCUCUGGCCAAGUACCUCGGACUUGAUGAACAUGAAAUCCACCCUGAUGAUAUACCCACUAUUGCCAUGUGUGGAUCAGGGGGUGGACUGCGUGCUCUUGUGGCUGGCACCGGCUCACUCAUUGCUGCUGAUGAGGACGGUCUUUUUGACUGUGUCACUUACACGGCCGGUGUCAGUGGUUCAUGCUGGCUACAAACCUUGCUCAACUCUUCGAUAACAGGUGGCAAUCUCAAAAGGCUCUUGGAGCAUUUGAAAAACAGAACGUCUGUUCAUAUUGCCUACCCACCAGUCGCCUUCCAGUCUCUAGUUUCCAUGCCAACCAGCAAAUAUCUCUUGAGUGGUCUCGUGGAGAAGCUUAGGGGCGACUCCAAGGCUGACUUUGGCCUGGUCGAUGUUUACGGUUUACUACUGGGAGCAAGAUUUCUGGUACCCAAGGGCGAGCUGGGUGUCAACGAAAAGGACUUCAAGUUAUCGAACCAGCGUGACGCCAUCAAAUUUGGGGAUCGCCCGCUGCCCAUCUACACGGUUGUUCGACACGAGAUUCCUCAAACAGAAGAGACGAAUCGUGGGCCGACGGAAAGGGAAAAGAAAAUAGCCAAGGAAGAAUCAUGGUUCCAAUGGUAUGAAAUCACGCCCUACGAAUUCUUUUGUGAAGAGUUUGGGGCUGGCAUUCCCACCUGGGCCAUAGGACGCAAGUUCAACAACGGCAAAGACGUGCCGCCGGAAACUAGAUUCCACUUGCCUGAAAUUCGAGUGCCUCUAUUGAUGGGUAUUUUUGGAAGUGCUUUUUGCGCAACUCUUAGUCACUACUACAAGGAAAUUAAGCCUCUGGUCCUAAGCAUAUCUGGAUUAAGCGGGGUUGACCAGUUUGUAUCUGGCCGUGACGACGAUCUGAGCAAAGUUCAUCCCAUUGAUCCAGCCAGCAUCCCCAACUUUGCCUACCAAAUGCAUGGCAAGCUGCCGGACACCGCACCGAAGAGUAUAUAUGAGCAAGAGCACAUCCAACUCAUGGACGCUGGCAUGUCUAACAACCUGCCCAUCUAUCCACUCCUCCGCCCCGGCCGAGACGUCGACAUUCUCAUCGCAUUCGACGCCUCUGCGGACAUUAAAACCGAUAAUUGGCUCUCCGUAGCGGAUGGUUAUGCUCGUCAACGUGGCAUUAGAGGCUGGCCAGUGGGCAUCGGAUGGCCAAAAGCUGGCGAAUCAGUCGAAGAAACCACCAUGCAACUCGUCGAUGCAGAGGCAUCCUCAUCUCAGGAGGCAGCUCGGCGCGUCCAACAAGCUAAGCAGGAUCAAGAGUCACUCCGCCAGACUGCCGGUUCCAUCGCAAAAGAUCCUCAAGCUGACGACAAGGAAGCUAAAUACAGCCCUGGAAACGAAGAAGCCGGUGACUUGGGCUACUGCACUAUCUGGGUCGGUACCACGCAAGAACGGUCUCCGCAUCCUUCACCGCCAGCUAAAGCAAUUAACGAUACCAAUAAGUGGCAGCUAACAGAACCGAAUGCCGGUCUGGCUGUAGUAUAUCUCCCCUUUCUCGCUAACAAGAAAGGACCGAAUAUCUCCCCGGGAACAACAGACUUUUUGAGCACUUGGAACUUUGUAUAUACACCUGAUCAAAUCGAUAGCGUGGUGGAUCUCGCGAGAGCAAAUUAUAAUGAGGGAAGGAAUCAAAUCCGGUCUACUGUUCGGGCAGUCUAUGAGCGGAAGAAGCUGCUUCGCGAACACGUCGAGAAGAAACGUGUUAACGGACUAGAAAUCUUGAGUAUGUAG